AUGGCGAGCUUAUCGGUUGUUGACAUCGCCGCCGUCGGCGCCGGGCCGCCGCGUCGCCCGGACAACUGCGCUGCUGAUUGGCCGCGGGGCGGGCCAAUCAGCAGCGGGCGGUCACGUGCGCGACCUCGCAGGGGGCUAUAUGCGCGGGCGCGCCGCCGCCCGCUCCCCGCGGCCGAGACGAUGAUCGCCGCGAGCAUACAGAUGGAGGCGCCGGCCGCAGAGCCGUAUCCGGGCGCAGCUGCGCAGCUGAAGGCUGUGCGCGGCUCGGUGGCCGAGCAGCUGGACGCGUGGCGCGACUACGCGUGCGCGCUGUUGGCGCGCUGGCUCGACGCCGGCCCCGCGCACGCCGCGCUGGGCGCCGAGGCCGCGCGCGCCGUGCUGCACAUGGCGGCGUGCUACGAGCAGCUGGCGCAGGAACUGGCCGAGCGCGCCUAUGACGACAAGAACGCGGUCUCCGAGGCUUGGCGCGCGAGCACUGCCAUGAGCAAGCGCGCUAUCGGCCUCGCCGCGUUUAUUCGCCGGCUGGACAUCCCGCCAACGGCAGCUGACGCCGCGCUGCGCGAGACGUACCAUCGGGUGUGGGUGUUGGAUCAGCAGGUGCGCGUGCUGAUACUGGCCGUGGCCAAGAUGCAGCGGCGGCUGGGCGGUAACCGCUACGACGAGCUGCUGACGCUGCAGGAGAGCGACCCGGAGAAACUGCUGGAGAACGCGCAGGUGUACGGGCGGCUGGCCCAGGGGUGCGCGCAGGAAUGCCGGCGGUUGGGCGGCUCCGCGGUCGAGCCGCAGGCCGCGCGGCUGGGGGUAUUUCUGGAGGCCCUGGCGCUCGCACUGUUCUCCGUGGGGCAGUACGAGCGCGGGGAGUGCGGCGUGGCGCUGGGGAUGGUGGAGGCCGCCGAGGAGCAGCUGGUUGCGGGCGACAUAGCGCCGCGCGAGUACCUCGGGAUGCUGCGCGAGCCUCGGCGGCAAGCGCGGCAGGCGCGGCUCCGCGGCAAGCUCCAGCAGCUACGGCAGCGGGUGCGGCGGCGGCCGGCAGCGCGCCUGCACCCGUUUGUGCAGCGGGUGGCGGACGAGUUCCUGACGCCGUUGGUGGUGUUGCUGCGGUACCGCUACGGGCGGGCGAACGACACGCUGUACAUGCAGCCGGUGGUGCGGCAGUGGCAGCUGCCACAGGGCCGCGUCGCGGAGACGGCGGGCACGCGGUGGGAGUUUGACGGGGAGCUGCACGAGGUGGGUGCAGAAGAGCAGUAUUUCUAG